AGAAAAACAAAAGACAAUAACCCCAGGCUCUUCAACCCUCUGAUCAGCAGGGCAAGAGAAGAUGUAUUUCAGGACUGGCGAAAGUAACCCGUUUAAUUUCUAGGAUGUCACCUCUACUGACACUCGCGGUAUUUGUCUGUCUGCUGGAGUUCGGGACAGGGGCGCGACCAUCUCUCAGUGGCAUAGUGGAAACGCCAUGGAAUACGACAGACAGCACAUCAAAUGGAAGCCGACAUGAGGUAUCAGCAGUCGAACAUUUAGACGAGGCUUUUGAGGAGCAGGUCUACUACUUGCAGCGUCUGUUCCAUCAGUAUGGAGACAAUGGGACUCUGUCCUAUAAGGGCAUGCAGAAGUUACUGGGCAGCCUGGGACUAGGGCAGGUCAGUGUGUUGGAGAUCAGCCACCGAGGUUUGAGGCACAACCAUAACACUCUGACACCCCCUCACCCACAAUUUCAUGAUCAGGAAACAGACACCCCCAGUCCAAGUAGGCCUAUUCAACCACCCCCCUCUGCAAAUGCAGCCAGAACCCCACAGCCUGGGAUAUCAGGGCCUGCUGGAUCUGGGUCUAAAGAGGGCAGCACAUUUUCCUCUGAUCAUGUGAUUAAGGAAGAGGUCCUUCUGUGGUCAUCCCCUAUUGCACACACUAUUCCUGUCCAAGGAAUGUUUGACUCCCUUGUGUCAAAUCACCCCACUAUGAGGCAUCUUCAUGGGAACUGUCUGAACGUUACUCAACUCUUGUGGAAUUUCGGUCUGGAAAAGGCAUCCCACAUCACUCCUGCCCACUUCACCCUCCUGUGUCCAGCUCUGCUGUACCAGAUUGAGAGUGGCGUGUGUCUACGCCACCCAGAGACUCAUGGGGCAGAGUCAGAAAGGAGUGUGACUUUCCUCAAAGCUCUGGGAUGGAGCUCCUUGGCUCUGGUUGUGAUCAGCCUGCCGUCUCUGCUGGCUCUGAGCCUGGUGCCCCUCCUGCCACCCGACCGCCUCCGUUCCUUCCUCUGCCCAAUGACAGCCCUGGCUGUGGGGACGCUGUGUGGAGAUGCCUUGCUGCAUCUCCUGCCUCACGCCAAGAUUGGGCCACAGUCAAGCCACUCUGAAGAACAGGACUCUAUUCUGAAGGGCCUUUGCGUGCUGGGAGGUUGCUACUUCCUUUUCAUCUUCGAGAGCCUUCUAGGACUGAGGACCCAUUACAAGAAGGCUAAGAGGAAGAGGAAGGAGCAGAACACCAGUGUAGAUCUGUAUCCAGAGAGGGAGCUUACUGCUCUGCAGAGUGAGACACAACCCUCUGAGCACGGUCAUGGUCACAGCCAUUCACAUGGCCCACCUUCCAAGGAACAAGCUGGGAUAGGAAGCUUGGUGUGGAUGGUGGUUAUGGGAGACGGGAUCCACAACCUUACUGACGGUCUGGCCAUUGGUGCAGCUUUCUCUCAGAGUCUGGCUGGAGGUCUCAGCACCACUAUAGCUGUGUUCUGUCAUGAGCUUCCUCACGAGCUAGGUGACCUGGCAGUGCUGCUGGGAGCAGGGUGGCCUGUUCGCCGACUAGUUCUCUUCAGUGCUGUUUCAGCCCUGCUGGGCUUCGUGGGACUGCUGACUGGCUCUGUCCUGGGCCACCAGUCUGCUCAGAUCUCCCCCUGGAUCCUCACCCUCACUGCUGGGGUCUUCCUCUACGUGGCCCUUGCUGACAUGUUACCUGAGAUGCUUCAUGGUGAUCCUGGCCCAAUGGGACCUUGGACUCGCUUCCUGCUACAGAACCUGGGCCUGUUGGCAGGGGGGGCCAUCAUGUUGUGUAUCGCUCUGUUUGAGGACCGUAUCGCCUUCAACCUGGGUGACGUCUGAUUCAAUGGGAAGGAUAUGAGUGGAUCAAAUUCUAAACCACCUGAGGUUCUGAUGGUGAUUCUAAACCACCGGAUUGGUUACUCUUAACUUGAGUUCAAACGGACGCUAUCAAAUUACUUCAUUUACAGUAUUUUACUACUAAAGGCCUGAAAAAUGUGAUUUGAGAUGACCUCGAUAAGCACCAGCUUCACUUUUAGAGCACUCUGAGGCACAAGAUUACACAUUUACAUUUGAGUAAUUUAGCAGACAUUCUUAUCCAGAGCAAUUUACAGGACCAAUUAGGAUUAAGUGCCUUGCUCGAGGGCACAGACAGAUUUUUUUCACCUAGCCUUUCGGUUACUGGCCCAACGCUCUUAAUCGCUAGCCUACCUGCUGCCCUACUGACACAGUUUGAUGGUUAAUGUGAACAACCCGUGAGUGUCACUAGUCCUGCUGGACCAGAUGAUGAUCACAUAACACACCAUCAAGAUAAUGGCACUGUACUGCACACAAUUUAUUGCUUUCUUGUUACAAUGUUAUAUGAAACUACAUUAUCUUAAAUGUACUGUGCAACUAGUUUUUUCCUGUUUCUAUAUAAACAUGAAUGUAUUUUUAGGGGAAUGGAAUAAACAUCUAAUGGGAGUGAGAUUA